UCUGACGCUCUAUGUUUUGUUUAUUCACCGAGAUAACGUACAAUUCUAUUCAGGUUAUUCGGGUUGAAAGCCAACUUCACGAUGACCCUAUGUAAAGGGAAAUUUCUGUUUCAGUGCUUAGUAUCAUCUAAUUCUCGUUUGUCAAACUUUAUACAAACACGUUCAAAAUGGUACGCUGCACAGUAUUUAGAGCCCACUAUAAACGAAAAAGAUCUGAAGAAGCCAAUUUUGCCUACUGACCAAAGGCUGUUCCGACCAAUAAUGGCACCAAGGACAGAACAGUCCUUGUCAUUCACCUUUGUCCCUGAAGUUCAGAAAUUUAUCAACAUUGUGAUGAAAAAAGGAAAGAAGAAGUUGGCAAGGGAAUCUGUAGAAGAGACUUUUAUGAAGGUGAAGAUUUUACAGUUAGAGAAGUAUCACAAGGCAAAAGAAGAUGAAAGAGAUGAAAUAGAACUUAAUCCUAUCAAUGUGUUCCUUGAAGCUCUGGAAAACUGUCGCCCCAAUGUUCAUACAACUAGAGUCCUGCGAGGCGGGGUCAUGUAUGAGGUUCCCAUUGCUUGUAAUCCUAGCACACAAACAGCUAAAGCCAUGAGGUUCCUUGUAAAAAGUGCUAUGGAGAAGGAAAGGGAAACAAGAUUCACAGAUAUGCUUGCCAGAGAGUUGAUAGAUGCGAGCAACAAUGAGGGUAAAAGUGUAAGAAAGAAGCAGGACCUACUGAAGCGCUGUGAUGACAAUAAAGCAUUUUCCUCAUUCAAGUUUUCAUGAAUGAAGUCUCUCUGUAUGAACUGUUUGAUCAAUAAAGAAUGUCAGCUUG